AUGGCGUCGACGGCUCGGCAGGCGGCGCUGCUGCUGCUGCUGACGGUGCAGGUGGGCGUGCAGCCUGUGCUCAUGGGCUGGUACGCGAGCGAGGCGCGCGACGUGCGGCUGCGCGUGGGGGUCGUCGAGUUCCUCAAGCUGCUGCUGGCGCUCGUGCCGCUGAGCCUGACGAGGGGCGAGGCCGGGCUCGUGAACCAGCUCAAGACGUGGAAGCUGCGCGCCGCCAUGGCCACGACGGUACUCCCAGCGCUCAUCUACGUGCUGCAGAACCUGCUGAACCACGCGGCGGUGGUGGCGCUGGACGGCGUCACAUUCAACGUGCUGAACCAGACCAAGAUCAUCUGGACGGCGCUGCUCGUGUACCUGCUGCUGGGCACGCGCCAGUCCCCGCUGCAGAUCGUGGCGCUGGGGCUGCUCUGCGUGGCUGCGGACAGAACCACGGACGCCGCGGUGUUCACGGGCAUGUACCAGGCGCUGCUGGGUGCCGUGUUGUCCGCGCUGGCCGGUAGUAUCAUCCAGAGAGCGCUGCAGCGAGAGAAGCGCAACCAGUACAUGGUCACGGUGGAGUUGAGCUGUCUGGGGGAGAUGACGCUCUUGGCUCUGGCGGUGGUGCAGGGCGGUCUCAUGCCGGCCAAUGAUGGCAGUGCGGAAAGAGCCGACUCGCAGGACAGUAUGUGGGAGGGCUGGAGCAUCAUGACGCUGGCCGCGCUGCUGUGCCAAGCGCUGGGUGGAGUGUUGGUCGGCUUUGUGAUUCGCGACUGCGGCAAUGUGGAGAAGAGCUUCGCGGUCGUGGGAGGAAUGGGACUCACGGCGCUGCUGGAGACAUAUUUCAAUGGCAAACCUUUCGGACACAACGCACUGGUGGCCAUGGCACUGGUGGCUAUCAGCACAGCGAUGUACACGCUCAACCCUCCAGUGAAGAAGAUGAGCGCGGACACAAGCGAGCUGGAGCCGUUCCUCGCACCCCCAACUGUCGUCACGGUCAGUAGCAAUAGCGUACACACCAGCAGCACCUCCCGACAGGAGAUGCGGCGGCCAGUACGGCAACUGCAGCCUUUUAGGGAGAUUCCUACUGCUCGGCAGCAGCUCGAAGCGAUCGUAUGA